AGAGAAGCAUUGGUUUGGACUGGGUUUAGAGGGCAUCUGAUAGGAACGGUGUCGUUUACGGUCGGCGUUGCUGUACGUUGUAGUAGCAUACAGAGGUCAGGCUUCUCACGUAGUUUUUUGUGGUGCAGCAAAUCGUGCGAUACAUGCUCUGUUGACACUGACUAACACUAACUGAGAUAUUGAUGUGUGGCCAGACGCUACACAGUUUUAUUUUCUAGAGGGCUCGUAAGAAGGUAAGUUUGUUAUUGAUGGUUUAAGUCAGUAGUGGAUUUCAAUGGCCUCGGCUUUGACAAACCUCAUAAUUUUACCUAUAUAAUUAAUACAGGGUAUAACCACGAACUAUAUAACAGGCCCGUUCUUAGGCAUACACUGACUACGCAUCCGCGUAGGGCCCCGACUGUGAGGGGGGCCCCCGGUGAGGCGCCCUCGAUCCCUCGGUUUUUUUUUUUAACUUGCACUGCAGCCGUCUGUGUCUCUCACGUUACCUUCCUCAUCCUGAAAUAAGUGCCACCAGAGGCAAUUCUUAGGCAUAUUGGCAAACUAGGCAACCGCCCAGGGCCCCACUUCCACCUGCAUGUCCAUAUAUUUCAGAAGUACACAUUUUCUCUAGUAGCGGAAUUAUCAAUAUGGUUAGUGGUUACACACUAGCAAAGAGGAAACAUUGAUGAAGGCAGAAUGGAGGUGCCGCAGUGGUGGGUGGUGUUUUCUCCUCAGCUCGAGGGAGCUCCACCCCCGGACCGCCGCCCCCCCCCUUCCGGGGCCCCCAGCCUACGCUCCAUGAUUAGGGCCCCCAAACUCCUAGGAACGGCUCUGUAUAUAAUUAAUACAGGCUAUAACCACGAACAAUAUAAUUAAUACAGGAUAUAAGCACGAACUAUAUAAUUAAUUACCGUUUGAAGUUCGAAAAGUAUUAUUUAUUGUCUAAAAAUAAGAUAUAGGCUGCAGUUAUUAAUGUUGAAAUGGCGAGAAGCAUGAUCCCAUCAAGUGAUGGUUGCAUAAGCAUGAUCCCAUCAAGCGAUGGUUGCAUAAGCAUGAUCCCAUCAAGCGAUGGUUGCAUAAGCAUGAUCCUAUCAAGCGAUGGUUGCAUAAGCAUGAUCCCAUCAAGCGAUGGUUGCAUAAGCAUGAUCCCAUCAAGCGAUGGUUGCAUAAGCAUGAUCCCAUCAAGCGAUGGUUGCAUAAGCAUGAUCCCAUCAAGCGAUGGUUGCAUAAGCAUGAUCCCAUCAAGUGAUGGUUGCAUAAGCAUGAUCCCAUCAAGCGAUGGUUGCGUUGAUAUACUCGCAACUGAAAGACAGCGGGUCCGAAAUUGCACGGGGUCGUCCCCAGGUGUGAAGAUCCUGUUGUAAAAAAAAAACAAACUCGGCCACUAAGUCAGGAUGAGUACAAAACCUUUAAAAAAAAGAUUUUCUUAGUAUUAAAAAUCCUGUGUACUCCGUGCAAUCAUGAACUUAAAAAAAAAAAACAGCUAAUAAUAAAUAAUAGCCUACAUGAUACAAAAUAAUUAUGUAGGCCCAAUCCUGUGUUAUUUCAGAUUCGCUUUUCAAUGAAUACUUAAGAAAAUCACACUGAGAUGUUAAAAUUAAUGAUAGGUACUACAUUGUAAAUGUUUAUAAGUUAUAUCUAACUGGACAAGUGUGGAAAUAAUAUCAGUCGUUUGUAGCGUUCGGCAAGAUCAGCGGUUCUCAAUUUGUGGGGGUCGAACGACUCAUAUUUAUGAAGUAGCAACGAAAAUAAUUUUAUGAUUGGGCAUCGACACAACACGGAGAACUGUAUUAAAGGAUCGCGGCAUUAGAAAGGCUGAGAACCACUGGGAUAGAUCAUUUUAAUGAAGUUGUUGUUAUUCGAUGUGCUCUAAUCAUGUUAGAAAAAAUAUAUUUAAAAAAAAAAUGAAUUGGUCACUGUUUCAGAAAAUGUCAGACGGUGUACUACCUGUCGUAGUAGGUGUGGACAUUGGGGGCACCAACACAGACGCCGUGCUGCUGUACCACGAUGGCGACCGUACCGAGGUGGUGGCAGAGAUCAAGGAAAUCACAACGAGUGACGUCACUUCCGGGGUGAAAAAAGCUGUGCUUGGAUGCCUUCUGAAAGCAAAGCAAGACGGGAAGUUGGUCGCACCUAUUCAAGUUAAUAUAGGUGAGUUAAACAGAUAACCCUCUCUCUCUCUCUCUCUCUCCCCUAUCACACGCUUUCUCUAUCACUCUCUCUCUCUAUUUUUCUCUCUGUAUUACUCUCUCUCUCUCUCUCUGUCUCUCUCUCUCUCUGUCUCUCUCUCUCUCUCUCUCUCUCUACUAAUCUCUUUCUAUUUAUAUCCCUCUCAAUAUCUCUCUCUCGCUCUUUCACACUCUCUCAAUCAAUAUCUCAAUCUUUCUCUCUCUCUCCACGCUUUCUCUCUCACUCUCUCUCUCUAUUUUUCUCUCUGUAUUACUCUCUCUCUCUCUCUCUCUCUCUCUCUCUCUCUGUCUCUCUCUCUCUCUCUCUCUCUCUACUAAUCUCUUUCUAUUAAUAUCCCUCUCAAUAUCUCAAUCUCGCUCUUUCACACUCUCUCAAUCAAUAUCUCAAUCUUUCUCACUGUCUCCAACGUCUAAAAUGUAUUCUUAAAGUUAGGAAACACAUAUUGGUUCUAUAAAACACUUGUAAUUGUAUCUUUAGUAUCUGAGGCGCUCCCCCUCCCCACCCACUUAAACAACAACAACAACAGACACACAACGUAAAAUGUAAAAACAAAAAUCUUCAAAUUACCCAUCUGUGGGGUGACGCCAUAUGUUGGGUGACGCCAUCUGUGGGGUGACGCCAUCUGUGGGGUGACGCCAUAUGUUGGGUGACGCCAUAUGUUGGGUGACGCCAUCUGUUGGGUGACGCCAUCUGUGGGGUGACGCCAUCUGUGGGGUGACGCCAUCUGUGGGGUGACGCCAUCUGUUGGGUGGCGCCAUCUGUGGGGGUGACGCCAUCCGUGCAAUAAAAUUCUACAAAAUGAUCAUGAUAUAACCCCUAACUGACCACAUCUGACCACAUGAUACCUGGUGAUAACUCUAAUAGGGGAACACAUAAACACAUGUACAUCUGAAAAAGGAUUUUUUUUUUUUUUAAAGUUGAAACAAAUCCAAUCCCUAAACAUUUACAAAAAUGAAAUUCAACCCCAAAAAUUGUAAAGUAUUUAAUUUGACCAACUGAUUUGUUGGUGUGACGUCAACUAUUUCGACUUUGCCGUUUCAGGUACCACCCAUUUCAUCAACGCUGUGGUCCAAGGGAAGGACUUGGCCAAAGUGGCCGCCGUGAGGAUAUGCGGACCGGUAUCAGAGGAGGUACCGCCGUUUAUGGACUUCCCCACACGCCUGAGCCACCUGAUUGGCGGGGGAGUGUAUCUGGUGCAUGGCGGCUACCGCUACGACGGGAAGGAGUUCGAACCUCUGGAUGAAGAUCAGAUCAGACAAGUGGUCGGCCAAAUUAAGAAGGAUGGCGUGUCAAACAUCGCGUACGUCGGAGUUUUCUCCCCUACGAGACCGGAACAGGAAAUACGGGCAAGGGAGAUCACACGAGAGGUCUUCCCCGAAGCCACUGUGACGCUCUCUCACGAAAUAGGACACAUAGGUUUGCUCGAGCGGGAGAACGCCGCCAUUCUCAACGAGUGCCUGAAGCCCUUGUGCAGAAAAACCAUCGGGGGAUUUCGGACAGCGCUGGAAGAGAUUGGAGUCACGUGUCCUUUCUAUCUGACCCAGAACGACGGAACGGUCAUCAGUAGCGAGGGUGUGAUGGAACAGCCCGUGCUGACCUUUGCCUCGGGCCCCACCAAUAGCAUGAGGGGCGCCGCCUUCCUUUCUGAUCUGAAAGACGCCAUCGUUCUCGACAUCGGCGGCACAACCACCGACGCCGGAAUUUUGAAGAACGGAUUUCCCCGGGAAGCCGCCAGCCACGUCAAAGUGGGCGGAGUUAGAACAAACUUUCGGAUGCCUGACGUCAUAAGUAUAGGCCUUGGAGGCGGUUCGUAUGUCAAAGAACAUCCUGCCGGUAAGGACGCUGCACGUAAGGUAACAGUUGGGCCUCUGAGUGCUGGGUUGAAUCUGUUCAAUGAAGCUUUUGUCUUUGCUGAGGGAAAUGAUUCAACUGGAAGGUCAUUGACUGCAACAGAUAUCGCUGUAGCAGCAGGGCUGUCUCAGUUAGGCUCCUCGGAAAAGGUCAAAAACCUCGACCGGACUUUAGUCAGUGAUGCUGUGGAUGAAAUUCACAGGUUGAUAGAGGAUGUCAUCGAUAAGGUCAAGCUGAGUAGAGACGCACUUCCUGUAAUCGUAGUGGGCGGAGGAAGCAUUUUAAUUGACAUGAAGCGAGUGCCGAAAGGAACCACCCAUCUUGUCGUUCCCAAGCAUUUCGGAGUUGCUAACGCCAUCGGGGCCGCGUUGAGCAAAGUGUCGGCUAGCUUCAACACGAUCAUCAACCUGCUGGACAAGAUCAAGGUCGACGACAUGGAAGAGAGUGUCGCAAGAGCCGUGGCCGUUGUUACCGAUGACCCGGAUGGAAGGGAAAAAGAUCGGGUAAGCAGUGAAGCCAGGAAACCUUACUUGGCCAAAGCAAGAGACGAGGCCAUCGAAGAGAUUUGCGAGAAACUCAAAGGGACGGUUGUGCUUCAGGGCGCCUCGGAGGACAGCUUGGAGAUUCUGGAGAAACAAGAUUCGGUCAUUUCUUACAUCCCGGGCAGCGCUACACAAAUCAAGGUCAAGGUCGUAGGAGAUCUGUCAGGCUGGAAGACAGGGGCUGAACAUCUCGACCCAUGGACAGAACCUCCAGGAGUCCAAGCCCUCUUGAAAGAAGAGUCUAAGGUUCUCGGGAAACAGACGUUCUCAUCAACCGGCGUCAGGAUUGGGUACGACGAGGAGGUCACCGACCAGGACUGGACAAAGUCACCAAGAGAUCCUUGCAUCGACCCGGGGUCCGGGGAGUGGUUGCUGAAUGAGUGGGACAUCGAGUGCAUCGUCCUAGGGUCGGGUAUCUACGGCUGUGGGGGUGGGGGAAAUCCCCACCUCGGGCGAAUUCGGGCACUCAAGUACUUGCAGGAAGGCAAGAAGAUGCGCGUGGUGAGCCCAGAUAAAUUGUUGAAGGAUGCAGACCCUGAGAAGGACAUCGUCGUGAUAUCAGCGUUCAUCGGCGCGCCGUUGAUCAUGUACGAGCAGGCUGUCUCUUCCCACGAGACCACCACGGCGAUGGAAUGUCUCAGAGAUGUCUACGAAAUAGGGGCCUACCACGAUGGAGAUUUGGGAAAUAAAGAAGGGGUGGACAUUGAGGUCAACGCAGCUGGUAGCAAGUUCAUAAAGAAUUACAGACCCGAAGGAGAGAGAACUUCCGGUUUUAAAAUCAUUGCCACGGCGUCUGCUGAGAUUGGAGGCAUGAACGCCAUCGAGCCGUUUUUCUUGGCGGCCAACCUCGACCUCCCGAUUGUCGACAGCGAUGGCAUGAGCCGAGCUUUCCCCGAGGUCCAGAUGUUUAUGCCCUUCAUGUUUGGGGACCCUCCGUACCCAGCGGCCAUCGUGGGCUCUGGAAACUACCGAGAGAGGACAGUUUUGCUGCACACCCCUGGCAACAAGCUGCUGGAGAAUUUCCUCAGGGAUGUCUCCAUUGAAAACGGCUGCUCGGCGGGACUGGCACUGCCCCUGAACAAGGGCAGCGUUCUGACCAAGACGCCCCUGAACACCGUCAGCAGCGCCUGGAGGCUAGGAAAUGCCAUUUUAAGAGCCCGUCUCCAGAAAGAGCCCGUCAUCGACGCCAUCCUGCAGCUGGAGCAAGGGAAACAUGUCAUGACGGGGAAGAUUCUGGACGUCCAGAGAGAAACCAGCGGGGGUUUCAACAAGGGCUUCCUCGUCGUUGAGGGAUUCGACGGAUGGCGAGGUCAGCAGAUACACAUCGACUUCCAGAAUGAAAACUUGGUGAUUUUCCCGUUGGUGGACGGGGAACGCGGGGCGUGUCAAGGCAGCGUGCCCGACCUGAUCUGCAUAGUGGACGCAGACAACGCCGAACCCAUCACAACGGAGGAAAUCAAGUACGGCCAAAGGGUUGCCGUGCUCCUCCUGCCUUCUCACCACCUCCUGCGCACGCCCCAGGCCUUAAGGUGGGUCGGGCCCCAGGCGUUUCACUACGGAGACGAUGUCCAGUUUCAACCAUUCAGUCACAGACGACCGACCGUGCCGGUGCCUCCAGAGUAAUCAGUAUUACAUACAUACGCUGUAUCGGAGGCGUUACGGUUUCAGUUUUUAUGCAUACUGCCAGUACAUUAACAGGGAUACGUUUUUUGGGGCUGGGAUUUUUGAGUCAUUGGCAACACACACACACACACACACAAAUCAUAUUGUGUACUGGAACUGAGAUGACUGCUAGUAGACAAGAGACACGACACUUUGUCAAUAAACGAAAGCAAUAAAGUGUCAAUAGUUUGAACGUGUUAAGUUUCUACUUAAUCAUUUACAAUAAAACGACUUAAUUUUUUAAAAUUA